UGCUUUCAACUUAUUCUUAUCCUCCAGAUGUCUUUGUUUGACAGCCAACACUCUCCCACCCAGCAUUCUCCUCCUUCCUGCCCUAACUCUCACAGCAUGCAUCUCUGUCUCUUUAUUUCGCUCUUGCUCCCUCAUUCUGUGUCUCAUUUGCAUGUCUUCCGCUUUCUCGUCACAAGAAACGUUUCUUGUCAAAGAGCUGAGAGAGGAUCAGAUUGGAGAGGGACAUGAAGCAGGUGGGUCUGGUCAGAAUGAAGCUGUUUAGAGGACUCUGUCAUCGAUCAGGCUGUAUAUCAAGCCGGUAAUUAGAGACCCGACACUGGUACAUCACGACAGCUGCGGCGUUACCAUGGAGACUGGAAAGCUGGGGCUGGCAAGUGUUCCAGUGCACAUCAGCUCCGUCGGAGCACAGGCAGAGAAAAAAAUGGACAUCCAGACCCCUCUAACGGCUGUUUACAUCCAAACCCUUCCCGCCUUGCCAAUGCAGCCUUACCCUCAACCUCCUGCAGACGCCAGAGAGACAAGUGCACUUCAUCUGGCCAUGCCGCCGCUCUACUCCAAAGAGACACUUCCCUUCCUAACUCUGCAUCUUGCUGGAGGAUUUCAGCCUCAGCUGGGAUUGAAUGCAGCUGCUGUUGCUGCUCCAGCUCCUGCAGUCAAGCCUAAGUCUGCAGGCAAACAUGUGUGUCCUCACUGUGGACGGGACUGUAUGAAGCCUAGUGUGCUGGAGAAGCACCUCCGCUGCCACACUGGAGAGCGACCUUAUCCCUGCACCACUUGUGGAGUAUCUUUUAAGACUCAGAGCAACCUCUAUAAACAUAGACGAACUCAGGCACAUGCCCGGCAAUCAUCUGAGUCAGAGCAGAGCAACCUGGGCAGCCAAGAAAGCAUGUAUAGCUCAAGAGAGACUUGUUCCUCCAGUUUGUCUCUUGAUGAGCAAUGUGAAGAGUUAGGCACCGAGAUGAAGCAUGCCACACUAAUCGGUGCUGAGAGCACAAUUCCUGCCGUUCAGAUGCAAAGUUCUGUCAGUGAACAGACAGAGACAAGCCCAACAGUUCCCAAUACAGAGACAAAUGGGAAGGAAAAACUAACAGUGGAGGGGGAUAAGCAGAAAAUGGAAAAUACAAAACAGUCAUUGACGAUAAGUCGGCAUCUUCAGCUUCAGAGACAGGAAGCCACUAUAUUCUCCAAACAGUGGGAGAAUUCUGUAUCUAGAGGGAAAUCACAGAGUCAUGAGAGUACAGACUCUGGCUUCAGCGAGAGCAGCGAUUACUAUCCAAGUCCCAGCAGUGUCUUACCUGAACACAGUGUGGAUUUCCUCUCUAAACCUAGCAGGGAUGCUGUUGAAGAAACCCAGAACACACAUCCAUCUUCAGGAAGAGGCCAGGGUGGAAGCAAUGAAAAAGGUACAGCAAGGGAAAAGGAGCAAAAGAAGCUAGAGGAACGGAUAUCGAAGCUGAUUUCAGAAAACACAGCUGUUGUGGAGGACAAACAACUUGAAAAUGUAAGGCCAAGAAAGACUGUUUUGUCAAAGCAGGGUAGCAUUGACCUUCCCAUGCCAUACACCUACAAGGACUCUUUCCAUUUUGACAUGAGGAUCAACCCAACUCAGAAUAUUGGGGUGCAAAGAUACAGCAAGCCCAGGUUAUACAACUCAGUGCCCACUCAGUGCUCCUCUACCAUGGAACAUGCCCCCUUAACACGCAGCAGUUCACUCCCUUUCAGCGUUACCCUUCUGCAGCCUGAGAUAGGGAGCCCAACCUGCUUCAAUCACAGCGAUUAUGUAACAGACAUCCGUAGGGGAAGCUCUGGCCAGAUCAUCCCAACAGGUUUAUCGAAGAAGCCUGUGAACCAGUAUUCGUCUGCUCAUCGCCCACUGGUUCGGCAGACAGCCGUAGACUGCAACCACGCAACAGACAGCCUCCUCACAACUUCAUAUGUGGAGGAGGCGAGCACCGGCAGUCUCAGCUGCGACGGAGAUGGCAGUGACAUUAUUGAAGAGCCAAGCAGCAGAAAGUUCAGGAGGAAGAAAGCACAGAAGUUUGCUUACAACAAGUGGUACAUGUAUGGGGGUGGAACAUUUAAAAAGCUCUACAGUCCUGACAAAAGUGGUGAUACCAGUGCUUUCAAAGGCAGGAAAUGUUCAACAAACGUGGUUCAGGAGGCAGUUCAGGGUCUACAGAAAAGAGCUUCAGUGGUUCAGAAAGAAACAGUAACAAGGUCAGGCUCAACCAGCAAUGCAACAGCAGGCCAUCUCUCUACCAAUCACUCCCUUGUCUCUUCUGUGGAUCUAAAUGCACCAGAUAGUUCUGUUAAGGCUCCACACAGGAGACAUUUGUCUCUGUCAGUAUUGCCAUUUCCUGCCACCCGAUCAGUGCCUGGCAGCAAAACAGACCAUCUGACCCAAACAGAGGCAGGUAAACUAAUAAAUGUUCCAAAACAUCCUGACUCCAUGACAGAGCUUUGUGAAUCCCAUUUUCCAUCUGACAGGAAAAAGCAGAAAACUGGAGACAAAAUAAUUUCCUCUCUGGAGAUGGAAACUGACCCAAACACACCAACUCAGCACUCCGCAUAUGUCACUGGGAGCGCAUCUACACAGGUUACAGAUCUUACCUUUGUCCAAUCUAAAGAAAUCCCAAAUUCUCCUGAGCUCAAGGGGUCCCUCUUUUUGCCAUACUUACUCAAUGCAAAUGUUUCUCAGAUUAGCACUUCAGCAGCUACUUCCGUCCCUGUUGCUGCCAAGAGCAGCUUCCUCCCCAAGUACCAGCUGAAGUUACCCAAUGCCCAUGAACCUGAUCCUGCAUCUUUACCACAGGUUGUAAUUACACCAAAGAGAACAGAGGACUGUACUCCCACUCCUGAUUUGUUAUCAACUCCCACCAACCAAACCUCAGUGAUGGCUUGUAAAAACAUAUUUAGUAACCCUGUCACUUUCCCAUCCAUGCAAACCCAAGACCACAUUGCCUUGCCUUGCACUGUCACAAGUCUUUGUCAAGUUAAAAGAUCACACCACCACCAUAGUUUUGCAUCUAGUGUAUCUGUCAUGCAGAGGCAGUCUGCAGCAACCACAAUAACAACAAGCUGCUUUCAAGAUUAUACAAGUGGAUUAUGCAGCGCUUUAUUGCAUUGUUCAGAAACUGCAACUGACUCAAUACAUAAACAGUUACCCAGACCUUCUUCAACUGCAGCUCCAAACUUGUCUUUGUCUACAGUAAAUAAUGAGAUAUCUACUGCCGCCGUCACAGGUCUUUCACAUCAUCUGUCCUACCACAGAUCUAACCCUCCUCUGGGACAUAGACAAAUCUCAGCAGCUUCAAUCCUGGCAAACCGCAGAAACAAGGCAAAUGUUGAUUCUAUCUCCCCAGUUGUACGUUGUCGCAUUGUGCCAUUGGACCAGCAAGCUGAAAAUGUUUUUUAUGUUCACACAGCAGAUCUCCAGAUCUGUCUUCAAAUCAUAUCUGAUGAGCAGAUGGCUCUCAUUGCACCCCAAAUUGAGCGUCAGUCAUCUCCUAGUCCGUCACAGAUACAUGAAAUUGAAUUAAUGAGCCCAGAAGGUGUCCAGAAUAAGAAUCCAAAUUUCGUCUCAAUGAAAAUUAGCAAUGUUGAAGGAAUACAUGAACAACCAAGAAAACAAAAGGAGGGUGGCAGACACGAGUCUUUAUCUAGACUUAACCCAGAGAUUGGAACACAUCCACAGUCUGUACAGCCUGUUAAAGAAAAGACAGAACAUAGCGAUGCUUGUAAAAAAGCAUCAUUAAACAAAUCUAUCCCUCCUCAAGCACCAUCCCAACAAUCUCACAAUAAUGGCCAUCUAAUCAUGGUCACACAGACUCGAAAUUCUUCAGGCAGCAUCAUGGCAACCUCUGCUUCAUUCAGAGGCAAGAAAUCAGAAGUGAGCCAAACCUCAAGGGCAAAACAAGUUCUGUCUUCAAACCUUUGUAAUGAGGAGCAAUUUCUUUCCAACAGGAAGGUCAGCCAAACAGGAAUGGUCCCACAAACACUUUCUGGUCAACAGAGCAUGUGCGAGAGAUCUCUUUCUACCAUUGUAGCAAAUCAGAACAGCAAGAAAAGCGAAUCUUUGGACAAAAGCCAACGAGAGCCUAAACAUCCAGGACCCUCAUGUAAUGCGGAUGUAUUGAAAAGCCAUGGUGGAGCUGUGGUGUGCAAAGUCAGUAGGACAGAGAGCGCAGAGUCACUCAAACAGGCCAACAGUGGCACAGGCAUUGACGGAUCAGUCUCUCCAUUUCCCAUCGAUAACUCCAAUGUUCUAAGACAGCUCAACCCGCAAGAAUGUGUCUUUCACAGUCAUGGAGUGGAGCCUACAAAUUGUGUGAGCCAGAGUUCAUUCAUAUAUGCAAAGAUGCAACUGAACAGAGUGGAACCUUUUGAUAAUUCCUCUUCUACACUGGAAGUUUGUGGAGAUGAAAUACAGAAUAUAAUAAGUGAACAUUCAGAGAAAUCCCUGGGUCAGUUCACCUUACAGUCUGCUUCUGUUGACAUGAAAAGACCCGGCGACGUUACAAGCAUUCAGAGCUGCACUGCAGGGAUUACUGAGGGAGCACAGAAGGAUCAGGACCCAGAGGAACAUGGGGAGACCCCUGGGCAGCCAGAGAGCACAGACUGGAGACCAAAGCAGAACCAAGGGGAGCCAGAGACAAAGCACCAACGCUUAGAUGAGCAGGGUGGUGACGUUCUGACAGUGGUGGAUCAGAAAAAGGGGAUCGAGACAGACAAAGGGCCAGAGUCUCACUGCAGAUACGUGGUUGUACCGGACAUAACCAAGCCAAAGGGAGAACAAACAAACGUAGAUCCCUUUAAAAUAUCCUGCAUGUCUGAACAGGAUUUAACAUCUCUUUCUCAGACAAACUCAGGAAUGUCUGAGUGCCUUCCAACCAACCUUCAUCAAGCCCUAAACACGUCACCUAACACAGACAUGCCUGCUAACAGCAUUCACACCAGCCUUUUAAAUUCUCCACCACUGGAAAGCAAUGAUCUCUAUCCACCACAGAAGAACUGGGACAGAAGCACCAUCAUCUACGAUCAGCAAAUGCAGGUCUCAUGUGAAUCAAAUUCUCACGGGAACCAGCAUGCUCCAAUGCCGGUUCCUUUAUCGGAAACACAAAGUGUUUUUCUAAAUGCUGAGCCCAUCCUUGAGUCAUUGUCCAGUCAAGAUCAAACAAAAAGCCCAAUCAGUUUAUCAGCUCAGCAAGACUUUACCACCACUGGUAACUCCAGGAUAGCUGAAAGCUAUUGUGAUGGUUUUACUGUAGAAGGUAAAAGAAACCAUAGUGUCUUACCAGAUUUCGGGACAUUCUCUUCUACAUACUUAAGCCAAGUUGCCAAAGUCUGCAGAACGUCUGCUGAGAUGACUAGAGACAUCCAAAUGCUGCAAGACAACCAGAUGAUGGCAUCUUCAUCUCAGCCCUUUUCAUUUCUGGAACCUGAUCAGAAGCAAGACACUACAGACAAACCAAAGGAUUUCACCAAUGAGAGCUGUAACUCUGGGAGGCCUGACAUUAGCAACAAAUACCAGUCCAUUUUCAUGAUUGGGUCACUUCAUGAACAACCAGCAGACUGUCUGCCCAGUGGAGUGAGGCCUGUGCUGAGCUUCCAAGACAAUACAGAAGACACCAGCAGCAGUGACGAUGAAGGAAAACUUAUCAUUGAACUCUAGGUAAACAUAUGUCAUGUAUUCUACAGAGUUUUUUUUUGCUGUGUAUAUUUUUAUGAGACAAUCCAUCCUGAAGCCAAAAUGAGGACAAUGGCGGAAUUAAUUCAGUGGUAAGAGAAACAGUACUGCACAUGUCAAUCUCAACCUCUGAAACUUUAAUAUGGCAUUUGUAUAUUUGAAAAUAUUCCCUAUGACUGUAAAAAGAAAUGUUGUGGUAAUACUGUAAAGAGUAAAUUAAGCUGUAAUUGCAAACUGGGGUUCAUGGUAACUCUGGUUACCAUGAACCCCAGUUUGAGACAACUCUGCCAUCAAUGUCUCUUUACAUCUCAUUAAAACCAAUUGUAAAAAUAGUCCUGAAUGGCCACCAUUUGUCAACACAUUCCUUUAGUAUUGGAACAUAAUAGGACAUAUAUUAUCAGCUUGUAUUGCUAUUUGUUGUUAGCAUCACCACAAUUAGCCAAUCCUACAAGUUGUCAGACUUGCAACUAGAACUUGCUCAACUCAAAUGUGAAAUUUCCAGAUCUGAACUCCCACUUCCAAGACAAACCGACUGCACCCUUAUAGUUGCUAUAUAAUCUAACCUAACAGCAGUAGGUGUAAGUCCUUGUAAAAUGCUGACCUGUUCAGAAUGUAACCCUCUCAGUUCUACUGCUGUGAUAGAAUCCAGCACCUCCUGUGAACCAACGGAUUAACUGUGUACAGAAAAUAAUUGGAUGGAUGUAACUCAAUGUUCCUCAACUGGAAAGAAAGUUUUAGUUAAAAUAAAUUAACCAAUAUUAUACUCAGACCGAAAACAACUUCAAUACCCACAGGGAAUGGUCCAGUUUUGUGCAUAAUUUAGUAAACAUGUAAAGUGAUUGGUCUAUAAAGAAUUCCAUAUCCAAGAAGCUUGGACUCCUAGAAUUGGAACCUGAGCCUCCCAACAUGAAGUGAAUGUUACAAGUCGGUGCUUUGUCUAUAGACAGACAAGUAAGCAUGUACAACUAAGCCCACAUUUAUUCAUACCCCUGGCAGAUUUGGGUUUAAAGUCAUCUUUUAGUGUGACUGAAGUGUUUCUUCUGACUGGAAGCAAUGUUAUCAUUUUGGAGCAACCCAACAUGAAUCUGAUUUAGAGCUCAUCACCAAAGAUGAAUCAUCAAAAUACCAGUGGAGACAUGCAAAAAGCUGCUCAAUUAUUAGAAGAAAGGUGUGAUUGCUGUAAUGCCAACACCCAAUGAUUACUUUGACAUGUCAUUUUUAUUAAAAUGUAAAUUAAAACAGUUCAUUAAAAAGAAAAUCCAGUCUCUGCUGUCUCAUUUCCUACCAAAAUAAAAUGUCUUGGUUAAAAAAUUGUUUUAAAUUUAAAUCUGCCAGGGGUAUAGAUGUCUUGAAACUGAAAUGUUGAUACUAUGUAGGCAUUUGCAACACUUGACUGAGUUUGAUAUGGGUCACAUUAUGGGCAUGUAUGGAAUUAAGUGGUUCCACUGUGCAGUUACUCGGACUAUGGGGUGUUCUCUUUACAAGUAAGGUGUGUAGCCUCACACAACACAAACUGUAUGUUACAUUGAAUUCCGCCUUUUAUAUUGUACAAUUUCACAAUAGAUAUCUGAAUUAUCUUAAUUUCCCCACUGAGGAACAAUAAAGGAUAUUUCUAUUCUAUUCUCCCAAGGCAGUUUGCAAGAACCCCACAGGCCUCUUACAUUUACAGUAUCACCUUCUGGCCACUCAACCACUGAUAAUGCUGUAUAAAGUGUGUAUGUGGUAAAUCACAAAUUACUGUUGCCACAGGUUAACAGAGGGACAAAUACAACUAACAACUGUAAGGAAAAACGACAGGUAAGAUGCACAGUAAGCGAAACCGGAACAUAAAUGUGAAAUGUCUCUUACUAGGAGGGAGUAGGCAAUCUGCCAGGAGGAGAGGGAUUCGGACUGAAGAAGAAGUGAAUAUAGAGUCAAUGGUAAGUCCGAUGAUUUCUUAGUUACUUGGGUUAGAGCUUGGAGUGCAGGCAAAGCAUCAGAGGAGAGGUGGAGGGUGGACAAGUUAGGUUGAAUCGUCUCUGGAGAAUCCGGGUCUGGAAGCAGCCAGCCGGGGAAGUUCCAGAGUUCGGCGUCAGAAAAGUAUUUCAUUUAUUCAUAUUCAUUUUCAGAAGGAGAAAGAAUGUUACUGUGAUUUAUGGAGCAAGUUCAGUUGGGGGGUGGAACAGCGUGCUGCUGUCUCACACCUGUGAGCUAUCAGGCUCGUUAAGGCAGCUUUUAAAGGAGCGGGUUGCUGAGCAUUUGACGCCUGAGUGUCGUCCUUUGCGGUGCCUCCUGAGGCAAACUUCUUGGGUCCUCCCGGUGAUGCUUGUGCAGCCUGGUUCAGCAUAUCUCCGGAGUUCCAUGUUAGGAUCGCAGGCAGACUUCCACCAGCCUCAAGACGCUCAGCAACCGAAAACUGUCUGCCCUCCAACAAACCGCUUGCCUCCAGAAAACUCAGACUUGUCUACCCGAAACUGACCUCCCCUCCCGGACUCCUAAUCCACCUGCAACCAGGGCGAACCGCAGGAGCAGCCGAGAGUUCCUCACACAUAUUGUCUUUUUAAAAUAAAUAACUUCCCUAGUCUCCUGAAGGUUCCUGCAUAUGGGUCAAGAAGCUCAAUAAAACUAUGACAAUUUAAUGUUCAAA